UCAAGUAGAGUGAAAAUCUUUACAUUUUAGUGGAAAGUAAAUAUGGUGAAGACGAAAGUGCCUCAGGAAAAGAACAUUCAAGUGGUCGUACGGUGUCGGUGAGUUGCACACAAAGACGAUGGCCGUGAUAAAUUUUGCUACGUUUUUCUCUUCUGUCAAUCGUGCGAUCGAUUGAGCAAGAAAAGAGCUUAAGUUUAGAAUAUUUAUGAUUUUAGUCAUUCAAUUGCGUAUCAUUUCUAACUUUUCGGCGGGAUGUACAGAGGGUUACAGUAGGGAUAGUUUUAUUGGAAUGUCGUUUUAUGACCGGCGAUAUGAGACAAAAAUUAAAUAUGGCGAGUCAAUCUUUUAGUGCGAAAAAUAUUGCGACCUUCAUCUGAGAACUCAAUUUGUGAAGAAACGCUGAUCUAUGAAUGGUAAUGUAGUAUUCUUUAUUAUUUCAUUUAAGACGUGCCUCAUGUGCAGUUAUGAAAGUGUGGUAAUCUGUUAUCUCAAACCAUAUGUACCUGCAAUGAUUCAUGUGAUAUGCAUCCAUAUUCCUGUCAUGAUAUAAACUUUGCAGGGUGUUAUGCCACUUAAUGACAUACUGUACACUGUAAACCUCAUUUGUGAUUUCUUGUAUUUUCCUUGACGUAAGACCAAACUAUAAAGUUUGCUUUUAUUUUCUAGACCUCGUAAUUCAAAAGAAAUCAAAGAAGGCUCGCCAUCUGUGGUCAAAUGCCAGCCAUCCAAACGGGAAAUUGUUGUUAAACAUGACAUUGGUAACACCACUUCUGUGUCAACAACAACAAAAACAUUCACAUUUGAUCGAGUAUUUGCCCCUGAAACUAAACAGAUUGAUGUUUAUCGCUCUGUUGUGGUGCCAAUUUUGGAUGAAGUUUUGAUGGGAUACAACUGUACAAUCUUUGCGUAAGUAUGAAAGAAUUACUAAGACAGCAGCUUCUACAUGUAAAUUAUGUCAUGUUGCAGGGCUGUGCAGUCAUGCUCAUGACCUUAAUUAACUGCCUGUGAUUUGACAGCAUUCAUGUGUUAUGAAUGUUGUCAACAAAUACUGUUCUUAAUACUGUAUAGAAGGGGGGGCCUAAUCACUGUGACCAGCCAAUCCCUAGACAGUAAUUAAUUGAUUCCAUGGCUGGCGAUCCCCAUGCAUUUGUGAUUCUGUACCACAUCAUUUAUAUCACUCAACAAAAGUAGCAGCAAUAACAUCUUUCGUGUUAUCAUAGCUAUGGCCAGACAGGAACAGGUAAAACAUACACGAUGGAAGGAGAGAGAAGUCAGGAAGAUUGCUCUUGGGAGGAGGUAUGUGAUUUGACUGUGAAAUCGUCACCACAUCUGGACUUCAAAACCUGGCUUUCUUUAUCUCUAAAGUGUUGUUAAUUUUUACCGUUGUUUACCUUAGGAUCCUUCAGCCGGAAUAAUUCCACGCACUAUGCAUCAGUUGUUGGAAAAACUCAACAGUCAAACAGUGAGUUUAUUUAUCAAGUUACACACCUACAUAUGGUAGUGAAAAUGCUGAAAGAAUCAUGGCAGCUUGGAGAUGAAAGCAAAAUGAUAAAAAAAUUGUUGGAACCUGCAUGCAGCCUUGUUAUUAGUUCAUCCUUCCACUUCGAGCCUCCAGCUCUGACAAAAUAGAUUUUACCAUGAAUCCUGUUGCUGAGGACUACUGAAACAUUAAAAGGAGUCACUGAACAAAAUGAAUGAUUUUGGCUACAUUUAGGUCAUAAGGGCUCAGUUAUGAUGAUGCUCGUGGCUCUCUUUUCUUUAGGGCUUUGUGUGCUUGUUAAAAAUAAUUAUUGUAGGUUAAAUUUAAGUGUACUAUUAUUUAGACAGGUAAUAAUUAUAAUAAUAUUGAUGUUAAUUUGUGUUUCAGGAUUGUGAAUUCUCUGUCAGAGUGUCAUUUUUAGAAAUUUACAAUGAAGAGCUCUUUGAUUUACUGAGCCCAAGUUUGGACAGUCAAAAAAUGCGUCUUUUUGAGGAUUCCACUCGCAAGGUAAGACUUCAGGAACAAUGAUCAAAGACUAGGGCUUUCCAAAAAUAAUUCACCUGCAAGAGCCUACAGUUGUUCAAACACCAGUCAGCCCAGCCUCUGAUCCUGACAUACAUGUAACAGCAAGCGUAUGAGUUGUCAUUGCAACCAAUCCCAGAUAAUUAUUGUCAGUGCCAAUAUUGUUCUUCUAAUAAUUUGGGGCAACAAAAGCUGUGUCCGAUUGUAUUGCAUUUGCAUUUGGGCUGAUGGAUUGUGUGCUUUUCUAGCCCAACGGGCAAGUGAAAGUUUUUGGGGAAAUUUCAAACAGCCACAUAGAAUUUCAGUUAAAAGUUACUCAAUUCUGGUAAAAACCUGUAAACGAAAAAUCUCGCGCUAGUACAUGCUAGUUACAAGUUGCCCGAAGGGCGGGCUGUUAAAUAAAAAAUGGUUUUCGUUGCACCCUGAUUUGGGUUGCAUUUUAGUUUAUAGUUUGGUUCUUUUUGGCCAGAUAAAGAUCAGAAAACAGCUAAACUAACUUGAGUUAAAAGGCAUUUUUUGGCAAAAUUUCAGGUGGUGUGAAUGGUAAAAGACAAAUUGCAGGUUACUCUUGUCCUUUUUGUUCUCAUGGGUCUGAGUACUCCAUCCAGGCUAAACAUUAAUGCUGUUAGUGUGCAUUCUAGGGUUCAGUCGUCAUACAAGGACUAGAGGAACUGGUGGUCCAUGAUAAAGAUGAUGUGUACAAUAUUCUUGAGAGAGGCCGAGCUAAGAGGCAGACGGCUGCCACUCUAAUGAAUGCACAUUCUAGGUAAAGUAACGAUAAUGAGGGAUGGAAUGUGUUAAACUCACCAAUGUAUAGUUUAGGUGUGUGGUCAUACUGAGACAGCUGCAAGCGAGUGUGGAAGGUAACAAUUUUUUUGGCAUUACAAUCCUGUGAGAGGCAACCAAUAGGUACCAUUACACUUCACCCUGUUCUUGCCUCCCCCCCCCGCCGGAGCCUGGUCCCACCAAAGCUACUGUGACACGGAGGUUCUCGGUGGAGAGAAUUGCAGAUACUUUUACAAUGGAAAUCUAGAAGGAAGAGGGGACUGGUAGCAAAAACAGCUAAUAAAAGUGACUCAUGAACAUCAAGGCAACAUAAUUGAAAUGAUUGACCUCAACAAAAGCACUGUCAGUAAAAUUACAGGAGCCCUGCUGCUGCAAACGCCCAAAGACCACCCCACAUACGAUUAGUGAUGGAGACCGCCAGCCAGCAGUGUCUCUCGUUUAACCUCUCCUAAAUUACAUUUUAUAUAGCCACAUCAUACAGUAAAACUGAAUUUCUUUAAGGUGAACCUACUCAGUUAUAAUUUAUGUGCACUGCAGCAGACCAUACACAAAAUAAUCUGUUGUGUCUUUUUUUUCAGUCGUUCUCAUUCACUGUUCUCAGUGACCAUUCACAUCAAAGAGAAUUCUGUCAGUGGUGAAGAACUAUUGAAAAUUGGCAAAUUGAAUUUGGUAAGCCUUGAUUGCGCUACUUUAUAUGCAGAAUUAAAUUCUAACCUAAUAGAUGUUUGUUAUUAUAAAUUACUUUUACAUGUACACCGUAGCUUACUUUUGUGCAAGAUUAAAUAUAUCAAUACCGCAACUUUCUCUUAAAAUAACUGGAUACUUAAUUAGAAAAAUCAAAAGUCUUUGACACUAUCUUGCUACUCUGCAAAAGAGAAAGAGAAGUUGUAGAAAAAACAUGGAUAAGAAUAGGACUUUGAGCAGAAUAGAUUUUACUCUAAUCCUACAGAGUACACUUGCAACUUGUUUGUCAUUUUGUUCAGGUGGAUUUAGCAGGAAGUGAGAACGUUGGCCGAUCAGGUGCUGUGGACAAACGACUCAGAGAAGCUGGUAGGAAAUUGUUUUAUCAAGAUUUUAUGAAUAGCUUGUUGAUAUAUUUAAUUUUUCAUCAUAUAACUCAGAGAGCUGCUGUGAAAGAGAUUGAGUCAUUGAGGCAAAAAACUGAAACUACAUUGGGUAUGUUAUAGUGCAGAGUCUUUAGCAAAGAGAUUUGUUUUUUUACAUGAAUUUAUUGACAGGCACAAUCAAUCAGAGUUUGCUGACGCUUGGAAGAGUGAUCACAUCACUAGUAGAAAGAGCGCCUCACAUACCUUACAGGUACUCUCUACAUGCAUGUAAACUUUAAUUCAAUACUAUCAAUUUUAUAAGCAUAAAAAUAAAUGAAUAAAUAAACUAGACAGUGCUCUUGCAAGCAUUUGUUCUAAGUGUUGAAAUUAUAAUGAGCCAUUUGAAAAACAGCAAGUUUUAAGCAUGGAUCCAGAUGUUAUCUGUGAUUUCAAACUCACUAACUGCCUUAUAGCGUAUUUAAAGAUUUCAAUGUUUAUUAUUAUUUAACUGAUUAGAAAAAAAAAAUUCAUUAAAUGAUAAUUUGUUGAAUUUAACAAAUUUGAUGUUACCUUUUAAUUACAGAGAAAGUAAACUUACCCGGCUGCUGCAAGAUUCUCUUGGAGGACGAACAAAGACCUCAAUAAUUGCCACCAUCUCACCAGCCCUUUGUAACUUGGAGGUGCGCUACAGAAUUAGCUUCUAAGUUAUGAAAUUGUCUUUUUUCACAAUACUUUAAGUUGCAUGAUUCAUAUGUAGUGUCAUUGUUGUAGUAAAAUUCUGACUAACUGUUUUGGGUUUAUGUGUUAUUAUUACAGGAAACACUCAGCACUCUUGACUAUGCUCAUAGGGCAAAGAACAUCUUAAAUAGACCUGAAGUCAACCAGAAGCUAACCAAGAAAACUCUGAUCAAGGUAAACCAUGAUCUUCUGUCAAUUCAUUGGUCUCACAGUCAGGACAAAAAAACCUCUCAGCUGAUACAAAAUCCUCUGAAAUAAACCUUGUGACAGUUACUUCUUUACCUGCACAACGUAAAUUAUUAAUAAAAUAAAUACAGUCAUUAACUUACAUAUACUGUAGUGAUAAUCGACGCUAUCAUGAAGGCACUAUCAUUCGUUCACAUUUAUUUUGUUUUUUGUUUUGACCAUGAAAUGGAAUGCAGUGAUUCUCAAAAUAAUAUAAAAUACCAUUAUUAAGUCAUGUCAUGUCUAAUAUAUACCCUCUUGAGGGACUAUUUACAAUGUGAUCAGGGCUGCCACUGCCCUGUGUGAUAUUUAAACCCCCUUUUUUAUGAAAACCACACCUAACAUAACCAUAAUCAGUAGAUUCAUUUUCCCAUUUUUGGCACUGAUAUAUCAGUGGAAUGUAAUGAUGAGAUAGAUAUUAUUUUUGGAUUUCAGGAGUACACUGAAGAAAUUGAGAAGCUUAAAAAGGACCUCUUGGCUGCAAGAGAGAAAAAUGGCAUUUAUAUUGCAGAGGAAAAUUACCAGUAUGUUUACUUUAAUCAAUGGGUUUAUGACAAUACAUUAGACGGUAUUAUUUUUAGUAAGUCACCAUCUCUCCAAAGCAGACAACAUCAGAGCAGGGCUGCGAAUAUUUUUUUUUCUUGAAAGGACAUCAUGUCCUACUAAGACACCACCUGGAUCGGAUAAAACAAAAUUUUGGUCGGACAUCACCACAAAAAAGGUUUGAACAAAAGCAUCAUGCCACCUUUUGGGUAAAAUAGAAGACAUACUAUGCUAAUGUAGAAUUCCGGAAAUUUCGGUUGGUACGUCAAAUGGAACUGGGACCAUUUCAGUUUGGUCCGAUCAGAAUAUUCGGGACCAGCUUUGAAGGUGGUCCACUUUGACCGGUCCGGUUAUCUCGGUAGGUCUGACCGAAAUGUCCGUUUCCAUUUGACAAAAAUUGUUGUCCCCAGUUCUGCUCUUUUGUAUCCUGCUUACACAAACGCGCGGUGGCUUGUGUCGGGCUUAUGCAACCAGAAGGUACCGGUCCAUCGGCACGUGGAAUUUCCGAAAUUUUUAACCGGAAUUUGUUAAAUUGAAACCGCCCACUAUUUUGAAAAAAAAAAGGAGCAGUCUGCCAGAUAAAAAAAAGACGAUAUGAAUCAAUCUUUCUUUUAUUUUAUACAGUGCCAUGCAGCAAGAAAUAAAAUCUCAACAUGAGCUGAUUGCUGAAAAAGAAGCUAAAAUCGCAGCUCUUGAGGACGAAAUGAGAAAGUUAACCGACCUUUUUACAGACACACAACAAGAACUUGAAGAAAGAUGCGUGGAGUUGGUUGAAAAAGAAACUCAGCUAAACAAGACAAGUCUUAAACUGCAGCAAACUAAAUGUACGCUUAAAACAACUGUCGCUAAAAGAGAUGAGAAUCAGUUCCUUGUGGAUGAGCACAGCAGAAACGAACAGAAAUUGCAUUCGCAAGCUGAAAACCUUCUCUCUGUUGUCAAAGACACGGUGUCUCAUGUGGAUGGACUUCACUCAAAACUUUAUCGCAAGCACAGUGUUGAGGCUCACAACUCAAAUGCUCGUAAAUCAUUCGAAACUGAUUGCAAAGGAAUGGUUAAAGCAGUCAUGAAGAAUCUGAACCAUUUCCAAGGAGAAAAUGUCGUCUUCUUUGAUGCAAUGAAGAAAACAUUAGGUAAGAUGACAUACUAAAACCGUGAAGAAUUAAUGUCGUUCUCUCAAAGCUGUCAAAAAAAUUCGGUGGCUCGUACCGCAUGGAACUCACCAUGGUUCGUAAAUCUUUUAAAGGUCUUGAAUUUUACUAGUGGUCUUAAAACGUCCUUAAAUUCGGUUUAGGUCCUUGAAAAGUACUUGAUAUUUCUUUAUUAGGUCCUGAAAAGUCCUCCGGAAAUUCACAACCUAGUCUACGCUGUAAAAUUAGAUUAUUUUGCCGAGGAAAAUUUGGCUCAUCCUUGGUGUCACAACCUGUAAAACUCAGGGGUAACGUAAAAACAUAUUUGUUCAUGAACAGUAUUUUAUUUCUGUUUCUUUAUUUCAAAUGCUAUUUCUGUACCUUUGAUGCAAUUGCAAGUCAUACCCAGUCGUUGUGGAAAGUAGUAUGAAAUACUGAUGUGAUCAACGACGGCUGAAGAAGUACAAAUCGUAAAUGACUCCAUGACCUGUUUUAGCCAAUAGGGUGAUCAAAGGGGGUUAAAGAAUGGCGAUUCAUUAUUCCUUGAAAAAUCCUUGAAAAGUCCUUGAAAUUUGUUUGUCUGAAGUUGUACGAACCAUGCUCACUAAAAAAUGGCAAAAGGUUAUGGAUAGGAAUCCGGUCCGAUCCUGGUUUUGUCAACGGUUUUUCGCAUGGUAUUCGGAGACCAUUUUGUCCAUAAAAACUUGAGAGAAUUUUACCCUGUAAAAUGUAACUGAGUGGCCCGAAAAUUUGUGGACAAAUUCAAAUGUUGAUUUAAGAUGUUUCCUUUUUGUUGUUGUUCUGGUUAUUUUAUUGAACAGGGAACCUUGUUUCAAAGAAAAAAGAAGAAUCCCAGAAACUUGAGCAACAAGUUCAAAUGUUCACGGAUAGCGUGGCUUCUCAAAUGCAAGAAAUCUCUUUCAGAGAUCAGGUAGUUUUUACUGAUUAUUUAAUUAAGGUUCAGGCUCUACGUUUAAAACACAGUUUUGAUUUACAAUAGUUUUCCUAUCCUGUUUAGUAAAUAUAUUUAUUUGCCUUUUUCUUAUUGCUAACAGUGAUGUUUACGUGAUGGUAGGGGAUAGUCGCAGGUGUUUAAUUCAUUUUGUUCUUUCAUUUUUAGGAGCAAGUUGAUGCUAACGCCAAAUUGUACAGCACCAGUUCCAGUACAAAUCAAGAUAAAAAGGUAUCAUUACCGUUUGUGCAGGUUUUUCUGCAGACUGCAGUAAACUACCCGUUGAAUACUAAUAUCAUGAAGUUCCCAGGGACUCGUAAAAUAUCCUCGUUAUGACGGGUAUAUCUUUUAUCCGGCUGUUUUUAAUAGAGCGAAGAGUGCGGUGCAUGCAUUUGAUGCUAUCCUUGCGACCACUCUCGCAUGCGACCAGCUUUACUUACUAACAGCAUUGUGGAACCCUGUUUGACCUGUGACUUAGGCUGUGUAAAGAAGAGACCAGAAAAGGGCGCGGCUGGCUUUAAAAGGCGUUAUUCGGCUAAAAGCUCUCGUAUAGACGACUACGCUCAAUAAAGUUUAUCUUUUGGUCUCUUACUAGAGCUUUGAUUCUAUAAUUAAUGAUUCCUGGGUCAUUGUUAUAAUUUAUUGGUUCACGACUGAAGUUCUAAAACUAAGACAUAAAAUUCUAAUGGUUUUGAUGUUUUUUUUCCCAGGAGAACAUUUCUUCAAGGUUAAAUACACUAAGGAAUGAGGAGUUUCUCCCAAAAAUGAGAGCUCUUGAAAAUUCCGUGCAGUCAAUGGCGAAUUUUCAGGAGCAGCUUAUGGUCUUCUUUACUGAUAAGGUGAAUGCCUAAUUUUGUGCUGAACAUGUUUACAUGUAAAAAGGCUGAAUUUUGUCCUUUUGACCGGAUCUAUUAUUACAUAAGUUUUUGCUUCUCUUUUAAUUUGAUUUUACGAUUUUAUAAAAUGCACAUUUCGCGCUUCUUUCGGAAAUUUCACUACAGCUGUACAAGCUACUUGAAAGCUUAAAAUUUCUCGUUUUUGAAAAAUCGCGUAAGAAUUUAAAACGAAAGGUAUUUUAAAGCUUCAUUCUAUUUUGCUCGUCGGAUAAGCGUUCAAAAUUUAUUUUGCUUUCUGAAAGUUCAUAACGCUUUGUGAUUUUUUAGAUGAAUCAGUUUUCUUCAAUGGUGAAAACCUUUGUGGAGGGUCAAGGAUCAAUGAUCGACAGUUUAGAAGAAAUGAUUGACAGGCAGUCUCAGGAACAAGUAAGUCAAAUUUUGCUUGAAUCCCUUUGGCGGAACCUUCUUUAUGUACGUUGUACAAUGUACCUUGAAACACAAUGGGUGUUUUGAGAACAAAAAAGAUUCGAAAAUCGUGACAGUAAACAUUAAGCGACAUCUAUGUUAUCCAUUCACCAGCACUAUUGUAAGUAUUUUAGGUAGUUAAAAAGGUCUCGCAUUUUUAGAGGAUUCAGCAAAAGGUUUGCCAGAAAUAUCAGUGAAAAAUACCGUCUAAAGCUGUCAAAGUAUACCGACAGUGAGGGUGAUUUAUGACAUAUAGCAAAUUCUCCUGAAUGGGACCGGCCGGACGCGCCCGGCGAAGCGGAGCCUAGUGACGAUUCGGCGCGCUUCAGGCAAGGAAAAGAGCCUUCGCUUGUCUGUGGACGAAUUAAUUUUUGUUGGCUUAAAGUUAACUUUCUGUGAGACAGAUAUAUUUGUAAAGGCUAAUUACAAAUUCCUGAGACUGUACAUUCAACUUCCGUCACGUUUGGCAUGUCAAUGACAUCGCUUUUGUGAUCGACACUCACUACUGUACACUCACUACCGGUUAAAAUUGGACAGCUCGAACUUAAUGCUCUCAGAAUAAAAUUAAUCCUUCAUGCAUUAUUGAGGUGUCUCUUUUUUUAAGGCCCAAGCUUAUGGAGACAUUGUCACUCACACAGAUUCUGUUAUGACCAACCAGAAAGUCUUAAUAAAGGUAAUUUAUGUGAAGUACUCUUCCUUUGUGAUUGCUAAUUGUAGCUUGCAUAGAAAUGCAUAGUGUAGUUUCACAAGACUCGCACAAUGGAAGUGAGCCUGCUCGCGGGCUAUCCUCGAUAAGUCAUCGUUUAUGAGCGGAUUUUGCUUUCUGUUUUCAAAGGAACUACAGCAGACGUUUUUCAAAGAAGUGAUGUCAUUAUUUCAGGACCUGGUGGAUCAACAGACUGAUAAACUAACAACUGAUACUGGGAAGGUGAAUGGCAGAAAAGCCGAACCCAAGUUGUACUAUUUGUGUCAAUAUUCUUUUGAUUCAAGCUGAAUCUUGAUAUACUUUACGAGUAGAACACUUCAAAAUUCUAAAAAGUCCGAGCGUUAAAAACAGAAACUAUCUGCAGAAAAUUGCCGCAGUCAAGCAAAUCAUCGUCAUUGUAAUUCCAUGCAAAUUUUUCUCCCUUUUCAUUAGCACGCUUUUCUCCUUCUUUCGUCGCUUUGCGUGAAAAUGGCAAAGUGGCAGAUAAUGAUUGAAAAAAAAUAAACAAAGAAACAUACUCGGCGACCGAAUUAAACUCGGUCUUCGCAAAAUAUCGUGAUUUGUUAGUGACUGGCAGAUCACGAUACUUUGCUCGACCUCGUGCAAUAAUUGUUAAUCAUGCCUCGACCCACAUUUAGAUUCAAGCCUGUCUUCUGCAUGAGUAUUCUUUUACCAUUUAUGAACUACUUACCAAUUUAUGAACGCUGCAGUCGCCUCAGAAACAGCAGAAACCUUGUGAACUUUUCAUAUUCUUCUUAUCAUGCUAUGACGGUGUAGAAACCAUCCAAAAUGGCACACAAAAAUCAGAUUCAGUUUAAGAAGAUACUUAUUUUUACGGUUGCGUGUUUCAUUUUGAGCGGUUUUUAACAUGAUUUUGUUUUUAUGUUUACUGGUCGGAGUGGGAUGUUUUUUCAUCUCCCGUAGAGAGAUGUUUCCAAAGUUAUUUUUAUAUAUAUAUUUUUUAUGAACACUCAAUUUUUUAUUUCAUUUAAAGGUGAAAGAAGUCACGACAGAAGCUCUUAAGAAUGCGGAAUCAACACGCACAAAUCUAAGAAGGUGAGAAGAAAGUUCAGAUUUAAACGUUUAUGGUUUACAAACUGGCAGAGUCUCCUUUCAAUCUAACUUGGAAUCUUGUUUUUAUUUUAGUUACUGUGACUCUUUGAAGAAUUGCGCCUCCCAGUUCUCUGAAAACUGCGUUCAAACUGUUAACGACAACAACAGUGAGGCACAAUCUAAAUUCCAACAGGUACGAAACAUUUAUGCAGUUAAUAAAGACAAUACGUUACAGAUACUUGCGUUGGAGAAGGGUUGCUGGGUAGAUUGCAAAAAAUUCCGUAUUUUGGUUAGUCAUUGAAGUACGCGCGAAUAGUAAAACGAGAGGAGAGAGAGAUGCUCGUACUCUUCGCGGGUCUGACACUCUCACGCCGCAUCGGCACUUCGUGCGUUUUAAAAAACGAUUUUGAAACAAAAAACCGACUGUUUUGUUGUCUAUGGUUGAGACAAGGAAUUACUCUCUAAGAUGUUAGUCGUUAAGAAGAAUAAGCAUGCUUUUACAUACCAAAAUUCUGAAAACUUGAUGAGUUGUAUUUACCCUAAAUGUUUGAUGGCCAUUAAGAAAGCCUUAUUUUUGGUUUCAGUUGUUAGGAGCUAUGAUAUAGUAGCACUAUACAUGUCCGCUGAACAAAUGUUAUCGCUAGAAUAGCGAUUUAUCAUGUGAAUAACGUCAUCCAACCUGUUGACAAUGUAGUUCCAUAAUUUAAGCAGAUUAACCUGAUGUUGCAACUGUUUAAGCCAAAUGGCCUCGCCUAAACAUUUAUUUAACUAAGAGUAUUGACGAGGUUUUCCUCUUUAGGGCGUGGAGCAGUUGCAGGCGACCGCAAAUCUUCAUAAAGAAGUCGAGGUGGAUGUUGUUAAUGUUUCUCACAAAGUUGACGAGGUAUGUGAGAACUCAGUCCGGCAAUGCUCCAAUAACUGUUGCUUUUUUUGGUUCACGUGUAUCAGAUAGCCGCGUACGGGUUGAUGUUAAGAUUUUUCGUUAAGAUUGAUUCUCUUAGUUUGCGAUCUUUUUUGUCUUUGUAGCUGGCUGGUCAGUGGAAAAACAUGUUGAAUGAAUCCUUUACCCAGCACAUGGACGCCAUCAAGUCUUGUUCGACGAAGCAGCAGUGCUCUAUCAAGGUUUAUUUACGUGAUAUUCUUCACCCUUACGUUUUCCUGGAUUUUCUUGCUUCUGUUUUUACUUCUCUUCUUCGUUUUUCAACAUUUCACGUCGUUGCUCAAAUGAGACUCUUUAUGUUGAAUCAAAUCACAAAUUGGGGUGGGCAAACACGAACUUUAAUAGGCGCGAGUCUUUACUUACUUGUUUUCUGAAUUUACUAUAAAUGGGAAAAUCGGCAAAUGUGACAACUGAUAACCGUGUCGAUACGAGGAAAAAUGUUUGUAAAAUGUUUUUUCAUUCGCUGGCUUACACACCGCGGCCACAGAGGCAACCUUUCAAACUGGCUACAUAGAAACUGGCACCACUUACUCUGCGGCUUUUGCUCUACUUACGAUUUAGUCACUGAAAUGUAUCCGUCGCCAAUUAAAAGAAAAUUGUUGUUUAGGUAUGCAGAGAAGAAGUACAACAACACUUGAAUGACGUGCAGCAAGUACUUAAUUGCCAUGGUAACACUCUAGAUGAAAUGGCGGCAACUCAAGAGUUACAACUAACCAACCAAUCAGAAGCUGUCAGCGCAUGGGCAUGUGACCAGAGCAAACGUAUGGAGCAAGUUGAUACCAGAGUCAGCAAGUUUUUGGUGGAUGAACUUAAAGACGACCUUCCUACGGGUUUGUUUUAGUUUUAUUAGUCUUGUGAAGAAUCAAGGAAAAUGACUGAAAAAAGACAGGGACCAAAGGCAGGUUAGCCUGCGAUUAUGCUCCAGGGGGGAGGGGAGGGGGGCUUGCUUCUUGUUGUUGUUGUUUGUUUGUUUUGUUUUUUUCGGUUUUCGUCCUGUCCAAUAAUAUUGUACUUCUAGAAUCGAGGAAGUGAACAGUGUUCUAUGAGGGACAUAGCCACAUUGUGCACAUCCCUUAUGUUCAUUCCUUUGUCUCUUAGCCUUAAGUUAACGACUGACGUGUUUUUACUCCAGGCUCCACGCCUCAGAGGCGCCCAUUCAACUUCCCCACGAAGCUUGUAAGAACUGAACCUCACGACCAGCUAAGGCAAAGAUUCUCAGCCAGUUAUGAGAUGCCAUUUUCACCGGAGCCUGUACCUAUCAAGGUAUGCGUAUCUUUUAAUUUUCUGAUGUAAAAGAUAACGGCUCCGUAAAAUCCUUCCCCGUCCAUACAUUUUAGCUAGUCAUUUUGAGCAAUUUUCUAAGUUAUCCGUUUUGUGUCACCGAGCAAAAGUGCUACCGUGGUCACUGGUUUCUUAUCUCCUGAGAGACACACCGCGGAAGCUAAUUUGACAGAUGGCAGGGAUAAAGAAUAUAAACCCACAAAAGGCGUUGCUUGUGAAUGUUUAAAUUGACAAGAUGCAUUUACCUUUUGUAAGGCAAAAAACAGGUUGGUAAGAAAAGAGUCUUACCAUUCAUUUUAAACCUAAAAUAUUGUGUUUGUCAAGAAAAGCGUGUCUAAAUAGGUCUUUAUAAAAACUACAAUAAUAUACUUCGUUGUCCCUCCAAAAUUUUGCAUAAGCAUUGUUUUUAAUGUCUCUGGGAACUUACAAUCACCCCACAGGAGGGAAAACAAAAGGAAUUAUAGUUUUUUUUUUUGGAAAAAAGGCCUAUGGACAUUCCACAGGCAUCAAAUAAAACAUCAAAUGAGACAACAAGUGUUUUCCAUUUGAAAGGCCAAAUACUGGUCAGAAAAAAAAAGAUCCUCACCAUUCAUUUUAACUUAAAAUAUUGUGACUGCCUCGAAAAACGCGUCCUGAUGGACCUGCUACAGGCAUCGAAUGAGCGAAGUUAAACUUUGCGAGGGCGAAAUGUCAGGACAUCAGCACUAAUUUAUCACUUUUCUCUGCAGAGUGUUUCAAGUGAAGAAGGAGUUCCAGUGUUUGAUUUGAGCCGCGGUAGCACUCGUAGCACGGUUAGUUCCGAUAAUGGCGUGUACCCACUACAUGCAAGUGAGAGCGAUGCUCUUCUUCCUGAUUAUGACAGUCUUGAGGAAGGAGAAUCUGCGGCAGAUGAACCGGUGUUUGUUGAACCUCGGGUAAGAAUAGCUCUGCUUCAUCUGUUUACUUGAAUAUCAGAAGAUUUUUUUUGUCAUUACUCUAGUGGUUCAUUGCCGUGCUUUGUGAUUUUCCAUAUACACACCAUUUUAUGCGCCAUUAUUUUAUGCUUCCCCUUGCUCUCCUUUUCCCGUGCUUCGCUUGACACCAGUUAUCUAUAAUUCGAGUUGUGACUGGUUUAUUUUGAAUGUCCGCGUUUCAUUUAAGGUCACAGUUAACUAGUUUGGUUUUUGUAUUGAAAAGAACAGUGCUAAAGACGGCCGUUUUCAUUAUCAUGAACACUAUACGUGACAGUUCGAAGCAAAAGUUCAACCCAUGAAUGAGUUAAAAAGGCCUGCUAAACAAAAAAUUGAAGGGGAGAAUUCGCUCACUUCUUGUUUUUAUUUUUUGGCCAGCCUGUUACAGCUGCAGCCCGCGGUAAAGGAGUGUCAGCUAACACACCCAAAGAUAAAGAGAAUAGAGAGAGACCGCUGACUAAAGCUUCCAGUAUUCCCAACCUUACAGUCAGCAGCAAGAUUCCGUUAGUAAAUAGAUCCCAAACGCCAGUGGAACGUGUAAAGCGUCCUUUGAAAGCAAUGAACACAUAGUAAAUGAACUGGAACAUCGUGCUUGUGCUUAGCAAACCUAGAUGUAUAUAUAACAGUAACGAAAAUUGUUGAUAUGUGUCCAUAUUCAUCGGAUUCGUCGAGCUUUUUAUUUCGUGGGGUGAUCGUUGAUCAAAGCUGUGUUCAUUUACUUUACAAGACUUGAUGAUAUUUAAAUAAGGUCUUUAAUUAACGUUAUGGCUGCUUUUUUACCGGUGGAACAUACGCGGGUAUGAAAGCAAAAUGUAAAACUAUUUACGCGACUGUGGAAGUUGGAUGCCCUAGUCUGUUAACAAAUGAUUGUGAAGUACUGAAGUGAGGAAGGACCGCAGAAUCUGUUAUUGUUUUCUGUUAGUUUGAUAAGGUAACAUCUUGUACCUAGAACAAUUUUGCGAUCAUCUAUUGUGACAAAAAUAACUUGCUAUGUCGUGAUUUACAAAUGUUGGAACCACGUUCAAUUACACACUAUGUGCGGAGAGUACUGCAAUAUGCAAAGUAAUCCUGGUUCAUGUGAAUAGGGGGUUAUGCAAAGGUCGCUAGUUAUACAAAAAACAUGUUGCCAGGUCUUUCUUUUUUGAAAGCCUUAUGAGGAGGUUAAAGACGAAUUUGUCGUAAAAAAAGGUGAACCAUUGGCGGUAAGAGAAGUUAAGUCUAUGAAUAGGAGGUACUAUACAUUUUUAACGCUAGCAGAAGUUACGAUCUGAAUUUUUUUUUACUGCCGACCUUGCUAAUUGUCACAGUGGAUAGUUGUAGCUUUCCUAGUAAAAUGCCGCCUUUUUGCCCUUGGAAGAUCUCGCUUGUGGACCAAAAUAGUUGCCUUGUCAGCAGGAAUUUCUCCUGUCGGUAAAGCGCGAGAAAAUAGGCAGCGAACAGCAACAAUUGGUUGAGAGCGAGAGAGGGAAGGAUUGAAAUUUUCACUAGCGCAAUUCGCUGCAGACCCCUCAGAUCAAUUAGUUUGCUAGCUAUAAUCACUAGCCUGCGAGUACAGCUGUAUAUACAAUCACGUGCGAUUUUUUUUUAUAGUUAAGUGAUAACUUGUACAUAACCAAC